AUGUCUUUCCCCUGGAGCACAAAGAACCUGCCCAAGCAGCUCUUCAUCAACAACGAGUACGUCGACUCCAAGAACAGCAAGAAGCUCGAAUGCUUCAACCCCAAGGACAACUCUGUCAUUGCCAGUGAUGUCUCCCUAGGAGGCGAGGCCGACGUCGAUGCGGCCGUGGCACAUGCCCAAAAGGCCUUUCAGUCCUGGCGCAAGACCACGGCCAAGGAGCGCCGCGACUGCCUCAACAAGCUGGCCGAUCUGAUCGACGCCAACGCCGAGACCCUGGCGCAACUGACCAGGCUCAGCCUUGGUGCGCCGUGGGCGAGCUUUGGCAGCUUCGAGAUUGCUCUGGCGGCGGAGGCGUUCCGGUACUUUGCCGGCUGGACCGACAAGUUUGCAGGCGAGACGUAUCCCCAGGAAGAUGGGUUCCUCAAGAUCAUCAGGAACGAGCCGCUGGGUGUCUGCGCGGGCAUCAUUCCCUGGAACGGACCCCUUGGCAACGUCGGCAUGAAAGCUGGCCCCGCCCUGGCCACAGGCAACACCUUUAUCCUCAAGCCGUCGGAGAAGACACCGUUCAGCGCACUUGCGCUGGGCACAUUGAUCAAGGAGGCCGGUUUCCCCCCUGGUGUCUUCCAGAUUGUCACUGGUGAGGGCAGCACCGGCGCCUUGCUCGCUUCGCACAUGAAAGUGCAGAAAGUCAGCUUCACCGGCUCGACUGCCACUGGCCGCCGGAUCCAGGAGAUGGCCGCCAAGAGCAACCUCAAGCGUGUCACGCUCGAGCUGGGCGGCAAGAGCCCUGCUGUCGUCUUUGACGAUGCUGACCUCGAGAACGCGAUCGCCUGGUGCGCCAAUGCCAUCACCACCAACACUGGCCAGGUGUGCUUCGCCGCCAGCCGCGUCUACGUCCAGGAGGGCAUCUACGACAAGUUCGUCCAGGGAUACAAGGCCGCUAUGGAGGAUAAGGGGAAGGCUGCCGGCGACCCUGACGCCAAGGAGACCCUCCUCGGUCCUCUGGUCGACAAGUCCCAGUAUGACCGUGUCCUCGGGUUCAUUGAGCGCGGCAAGAAACAGGCCAAGCUCCUCACCGGAGGCGGCCGCAUCGGCGAGGACGGUUUCUACGUCCAGCCCACCGUCUUUGAGGGCACGGCGGACGAUGCCGAGAUUACGCGCGAGGAGAUCUUCGGCCCCGUGUCCGUCCUCAACAAGUUCAAGACAGAGGAGGAGAUUAUCGCCAAGGCCAACGACACACAUUACGGCCUCAUGGCUGGUGUCUUUACGCAGGACAUUAACCGCGCGCUGCGGUUUGCCAGCGACGUGGACGCUGGCAUGGUGGGUAUCAACGCCAUCAGCAUGGCGUUCCUGAGCGCCCCCUUUGGAGGCACAAAGACAAGUGGCGUUGGGCGGGAGAAUGCCAUUGAUGCGCUGAGGAUGUACACGGACAAAAAGACCAUCUUCAUCAACAUGGCCAAGCUAUAA